UGCACAUACUCUCUCUCUAUUUCUGUAUAUCUAUCUUUCUCAUAAUUUCUCGCAUAAUUGUCCGUCCAAACCCUAAUUUUUCCCAUAAUUUCUCACAUAAUCAUUCAAUCAAUCAAAUUAGGGUUCGUAAAACAAAAUGAAGCAUAUCAAGCAAUCAAGAUCUCCGAUAUUAAAAGAGGCUUUUUUGGAUCCGUCAAGCCCUAGUCCAAUCAAAUCGGCCAAACCUGCUAAUCGGAAACGGUCGAAGGAAAAUGCACCGCCGUUUGAUAUCAAUUCAGCCUUGGAUUCUUCGCCAUCGUCGAAAGCGGUCGUCUCCCCCGCUACUGUUGGUAAACUGAAAUCGCCGCUUCCGCCUCGACCUCCUCCGUCAAACACACUUAAGAGGAAGUUGAGUAAUGAUUUUGCUGUUGACGGCGGCGUCGGUGGAUCCUCUGAUACAGGAGUUCAGGUUAUUGUGAGAAUAAGACCACCUAGCAAGAACGAAGAAGAGGGGGAAGUUAUCGUCCAGAAGACAUCGGUCAAUUCAUUCACAAUACUUGGCCAAACAUUUACCUUUGAUUCAGUUGCAGAUGCGGCCUCUACUCAGGUUGAUUUAUUCCAUCUUGUCGGUGCACCACUUGUCGAGAACUGUAUAGCUGGAUUCAACAGCUCUGUAUUUGCUUACGGACAGACUGGGAGUGGCAAAACCUAUACAAUAUGGGGUCCAGCCAACGCACUGUUAGAAGAGGAGUUAUCUAAUGAUGAACAAGGUUUGACGCCACGUGUGUUUGAACACCUAUUUUCUCGCAUUGAUGAGGAGCAAAAUAAACAUUCUGACAAGCAACUCGUUUAUCAGUGUCGUUGCUCUUUUCUUGAGAUAUAUAAUGAACAAAUUACCGAUUUGUUGGAUCCAACUCAAAGAAACCUUCAGAUAAGAGAAGAUACCAAAACAGGUGUCUACGUAGAAAACUUGACUGAGGAAUCUGUUUGUUGUAUAAAGGAUGUGAAGCAGCUUUUGAAGAAGGGAUUAUCGCAUAGGAGGACUGGAGCUACAAGUAUAAAUAUGGAGAGUUCCCGCUCACACAGUGUUUUUACCUGUGUUGUGGAAUCACGUUGCAAGAGUAAGGAUGGUUUAAGCUCCUUCAAAACGAGCCGAAUAAAUCUUGUUGACCUUGCCGGGUCAGAAAGGCAAAAGUUGACCGGUGCAGCUGGAGAACGCUUAAAAGAAGCUGGGAAUAUUAAUCGCUCACUCUCUCAACUUGGAAACCUGAUUAAUAUUCUAGCAGAGGUUUCGCAAACAGGGAAGCAAAGGCACAUCCCUUAUAGAGAUUCAAAGUUAACUUUUCUACUACAAGAGUCGCUUGGUGGUAAUGCAAAACUUGCGAUGGUCUGUGCCAUCUCCCCAGCACAAAGCUGUAAGAGCGAAACUUUUAGUACAUUGAGAUUCGCCCAACGUGCAAAGGCUAUCAAGAACAAAGCAGUUAUCAAUGAACAAAUGCAGGAUGACGUAAAAUCAUUGCGUGAAGUUAUAAGGCAGCUUAAGGAUGAAUUACUACGGAUGAAAUCAAAUGGUAACCAAGCAGACCCAGGUGCGGGCUAUUCAAGUGGUUGGAAUGCUCGCAGAAGCCUGAAUCUUCUGAAAUUUAGUCUGAAUCGUCCAAUGAUGAUGCCACAUAUGGAUGAUGAUGAUGAUGAAGAAAUGGAAAUAGUCGAGGAAGCUGAGCAAGUUAUUUUAGCAGCCACUAAAGCAUGCAUAAAUAUGGAAUCUGUUAACACCUCCGUUGAUGCUGCUUGCGAUAAUCAAGAAAUUCAUGUCCAGUUGUUAGAUAAAUCAUCUGAUCAAGAUUCUUUGGGGAAUCCCAAUGACACAUCUUCUUCUCCAAAGAACUUGGAGGACUGUGACAUGCCUAAUCUUACCAUAGUACCAUCAGAAGUAACCCUUCCCAAAUCUCCAACUCCAAGUGUUUCACCGCGAGUUAUUAGCAGCAGUAGAAAAAGCGUAAGGACUUUAGCGACAUUGACUGCAUCUCAGAAAGACCUUACAAGCAUCAGUGCUUUUGCAGAAACUAACCGUCUGGCGGCCAGUUUAAUGAAUGGUCUUCAAGUAAUUGAUAAACACAGAAAAAGUUCUGUGCUGGGACGUUCAUCGUUCAGGUUUUCAUACAAACCUGUUGCAUGUGAAUCAAAACCAGUUAGCAAAGAGGUAGGUCUGCAGACGAUGUUUCCGGAGAAAGAGUUUUUAUGUAGCAAUUGCAAGUGUAAAAGCUCAGAAGAAGUAAAAGAUACAGUUCAUGAUGGCUCGAAUCUGCAACUGGUUCCCGUUGAUGAAUUACCGUUGGUGCACAAUAAAUCGAAGCAGAUUGUUGUUCCAAAAGCUGUAGAGAAGGUAUUGGCGGGAGCAAUAAGACGAGAAAUGGCAUUGGAAGAGUACUGCACCAAACAAAACGUUGAAAUCAUGCAACUUAAUCGACUGGUGCAACAGUACAAACACGAACGAGAAUGCACUGCUAUCAUCGGUCAAUUGCAAGAAGACAAAAUUGCUCGUUUAGAGAAUCUGAUGGACGGUGUUUUGUCAGCCGAGGAGUUUGUGAAUGAUGAGUUGACGUCUUUGGCAGAGAAGCAUGAGAUUCUGAAGGAAAAAUAUGAGAAUCAUCCAGAAAUUCUAAGAAAAGAAAUUGAGUUAAAGAAUGUACAUGACGAGUUGGAACGAUAUAGGAAUUUCUUUGAUAUGGGAGAAAGAGAUGUAUUACUUGAAGAAAUUCAGGAUUUAAGAAGUCAACUUCAAUCUUACAUCGAGUCUUCACCUAAGUCAACCAAAAACCAAAGCCCUAUUCUACAAAUAACUAAUGGGGAGUCCACUGAAGAGAGUGCUGAACAGAAAUUUGAAUCAGAGAGAAUUUGUUUCAAUGAAUUAGAAAGUAAAUGGACUUCACUUGUAGAAGAAUUGAAAUAUAAGCUACAAGAAACUCAGAUGCUUGUUGAAAAGCAAAGGCUGGACCUUGAUUCUGAAAGAAAAUGUUCAGCGGAAUUAAAUGAAGCUAUGCAAACGGCUAUGGAGGGCCAUGCAAGAAUGCUUGAAAAUUAUGCCGAUUUGGAAGAAAAGCAUAUAAAUAUGCUUAUAAGACAACGAAGAAUUCAAGAUGGAGUUGAAGAUGUUAAGAAAGCAUUUGCAAGAGCAAGAGUGCGGGGAGAUGAGUCUAGGUUUAUUAAUGCUCUUGCUUCAGAGAUUUCAACAAUAAAAGUUGAAAGAGAGAAAGAAAGAAGAAGAUUUAAGGAUGAAAUUAAAGGCCUUCAAGAGCAGUUAAGCGACACUGCGGAAGCUGUACAGGCUGCGGGUGAGUUAGUUGUUCGACUCAAGGAUGCAGAAGAAGCCAUGGCUGCUGCACAAGCACGAGCUAUGGAGGCUGAACGGGAAACGGAAAAUGCUUUCAAGCAGAUUGAAAACAUAAAGAAAAAACAAAAGGUCAAGGCAUCAGCUCCCGUUUAUGAUAUGCCGAUAUAUGAUAGAGAGGAGUCAAACACCUCAGUUGACCAGAAACCCAUAGAGGAAUUUGAGAAGUUAUAUAGUGAGGGCGAUGUAGAAUCGAGUACAUUGCCAGAACCCUCUUCCUGGUUCUCUGGAUAUGACCGAUGCAACAUAUAAGUAUGGCCAUUUGGUGUCAAGAGUUGUAUGUACUAAUAGAAACUUGUUGUAUACAAACCAGAAAUAUGCUAUUUCUUCAUAACUGAUAGAAAAAUCUUGUUAAUGAAUCAAAUUUUUUAAGUCCAGCUUUACAAUAA